ACACAGAUCACCUCACCCGUACACCCACACAGAUCACCUCACCCGUACACCCACACAGAUCACCUCACCCGUACACCGUACCGAAAGAAAACCUUACUUGCUACGUUUGGAAUUGGACCAGUAUAUGAAGACGUUGAUGGGUUGAAGAAAACUAUUACCGAAGUGUUUUCAGUACCAGUUAGGAUUAAAGAGGCAGAAGUGUUCUUUAUUCCUGUAGAUGCCAUGCUUAGUACCAUGGAGAUAUUCCUUUUAGAAGUCCCCGAACACAAGGAAGCAGGGUACCAUAUGUAUGCACAUCAAUUAUUCAAGUUCGUACAAGGAACUAUUGAGACAACACAUAACCUCCAGGAGUUCAGAGGAGAUCCUGGAUUUUGCUACUGGCUUUUAUAUGCCAACUACCCAGGAGACAAACUCCCACCUAAAGCACUUAGCUAUGCCGAAAAAUAUGGGAAAGUGAAUGAACAAUUCAAAGGGGACACUGAUGGGAUUACCAUGUAUCCAAUCACACCACACUUGAAGUAUUGUGAAUACUGUUACAGCAAGAGCCACGAGAGGGCUCAAUGUACUGAGGCACCCGAAUGCCUCCAUUGUGGUAUGAGAUCCCAUCAUCAUAUGCAAUGCCGUAACAAGUAUAGAGAGGACGCCUGGAUUACUGGAGCUGUGAAGGUCGGUAAGUCCAAGGGUAAAAAGAAAGGAAGUAGAGAAUCAAAUACUAGAUCAACUACCAAAACUGCUUCCACUGGUUCAGCCUCAGUUGAAUUAGUUACUAGUGUUGAAUCAGUUACUAGUGUUGAAUCAGUUACUGGUGGUGAAUCAGUUACUGAUAGUGAAUCAGCUUCAGUUGUUGAAUCAGCUUCAGUUGUUGCUUCAGUUGUUGAAUCAGGUUCAAACACUGGAAGUACUGGGUAUACUGCUGCCACCGCGACUCCGCACAAACGUCCUCGUGCGACCUCCGCGGAAAAUUCCCCCGGCCGCACCAUUCUCACUCCAAAGAGAAUCGCGACCCCCACUAGACACAUCUUUACUCCAAUUACUUCGAGAACAGUCAUUCCUGCUACACCUUCACAACUGAUAGGUAUGGCCGACACUCAGCGAGUCGUGAAUGAAAUUGUAACUGUUAAUACUCAAGGAUCUGAGAUUACUCCGAUCACGAAUUCAAAUGUUGCAAAUCUCGCAGAAAUUAUAAAUCCUAUUACCAUUGAAUCGGGUUCAGACAUGGAAGGUGACGAUCCUUUCUACACCCAAGAAACAGAAGUGAAUGCUGACACUUCUGAAUCAGAUGAUCAAGAUGAUACGUCUGACACUAUAGAUGAUACUGCCAUGUCAUCUGAAGAUGAUCUCUCUCAAUGUUAG